AUGGGACACGCGAAGGACUGCGGGUCCAUUGCGUGCGCGGCGCAUGCGCAGUGCGCGGGUGAUGCGACGUCGCUCAAUCGGUUGCUGCGCCAACGCCUGCCUCCCCGCGGUGGGCGCUUCGACCACGACACCAAAGACACUUUUAUGUACAUUCAGCGCAGCAAGAACCGCAGCGUCGUUGCGUACGCGGCAAACCUGCUGGACGCAGGGACGCGGGAGUCGGUGCAGUCCGGUGCCGGCCGCCGCUGCGUCACGGACCCCUCCGACCCCGUACACGCCUACUUCGUCAUACUGGAGCCCUCCAUCCUCGAGGAGCGGCGGAGAAGGGGCGUCACCAACGAGAUUAGCGAGCUCAGCUUCAUUCAGCGGAAGCUGGCGUAUGGCUGCAGCGCCAAACCACUCACCGCGGUGAAGUCUGACUCCACGAAGGAGGACAUUGGGCCAUGGCUGCAACACUUCGACGCACAAGCCGUCUCCUACGUUGCGCUGCCCGGUUUCCCGCUGCUGCUGCUGGUGCUUCCGCCCCUUGGAGCUGCAAUGGAGAACGACAUUGAGGCGGAGGGCGCGGCGAACCCGGCUGGCGGUGAAGAGAAGCAGCAGGAGGCGACGGAUACGUUGGUCGUUCUGCUUGCCGUCGUGGGCGGCGUGCUGAGCGUCGUCGAGCGGGUAUACGUGUGCAGCGUCGAGCCGAAGCACUUCUACCAGCUCCCGACGGUGAAGUACAUUGAGGUGUUUGGCGUCUCCCUGGAGACCGGCGAGGAAACCUACGAAAAGAGGUCGAAGUAA